AUGUAUCCUCUUUUGCACUGGGCAAGAAGUACGCCUCCGCAGGCUCAGAAGGGUCAAAGCAAUGAGGACCAAGUAACGGCAAUCCCACCAAGCCGCGCCCACGAAGUCAUCGCCACAACUGUUGGUGUCACUGCCCUAUGUGCAAUUUCUCUGAUGGGACUUCUCAUCCACGCUACCGAGACCGGCCUGGGGAUGCACAUCUACGGCCUUACGAUACUGGAGCUCUCGAGCAUGUCGUUGCACUUGUGGAUCGCCUACAUCUUCUUCAACUUCAGCGUCGGGAUCACCAAGAUAUCCAUCGUUCUCUCCUACCUACGCCUCUUUGCCUCAUCGAAAGGGACGAGAACAGCGUGUCUCGUCUUUCUGUGCAUCCUCAUACUCAACACGGUGGUGUCGGUGACGUGCUGCAUCCUGACUUGCCACCCAAUCUCAUUUUUCUGGCACCCCGAGCUGUUUACCACGCCCGAAGUGGUCAACGAGCACUGCGUCAACGUCAAAGCCAUGUGGUUCUUCCAGGGAUACACCUACAUCUUCUUCGACCUCGUUCUCAUUGUUCUUCCGAUCCCGGUUGUCAAGUCUCUGAACAUCUCUCGACGCGAAAGAUGGGCCCUGGGCGGCAUCUUUGCGCUUGGCGGAUUUGGAUGCAUCUGCUCCUUUCUCCGGAUACACUCACUCACCAGAGCCAUUGGCUCCCAGGAUCCGGGAUGGGACAAUGUCGACUCGGCACGCUGGGCCGUCAUCGAAGUGGCGGUCGGCAUCAUCUGCGCUUCGCUGCCGCAAUGCAAGACGCUUCUCACCAGGCUUUUCCCACGCUUCCUCAGUCCGAAUCGCCGCAGCAGGGACGUGACUUUCGCCGUCUCUGGGUUCGACAAAGGCCACGGGUGGAACUCGCUUCUGGAAAAGGGGAUCCGGAUGGACGCGGCCCAGAAGAACCAGAUGAGUCGGAAGGGAGGGCUGGUUCAGUCCAUGGUGGAAAGGGGCGCUCCGGACGACGAGGUCGACAGAUUCUGGGGCGAGGCCACAGGGGCUUCUGCCAUCCUGGUCACCACCACCAUGACGCAGCGGAGGGAGUCGCACUGCCCCAGCGUGGAAAGCAUAGAAGAGGUUUCGAGAAGGAACAGCAUCACGCCCAGCGAGGUGUCUCUGCCUCCCUUCCUCACCGAGGACUGA